UUUCCAAUGUGGCUAAGUUUAUCAACUUGUUAGUGACGUCAAUAUUGUUUAUUUUGGUUUAUGGUCUAGUCUAUUUCUUGCUGUCCUAUAAUUUAACCGUAUAAAAUUAAAUGAUCUGUUUCGAUACGUGCACACAAAUGAUUUUCCUAGCAGUAUUCUGAAAACUGUAAUUAUUUUUUGAGUAUAAUGAAAGAAAUACUCGCUAGUGGUGUUAAGGUACUAAAAAAAAUCAUUCGUUUUUAUAAGGUAGAAAAAAUCCAACAUGCUUCAUACACAAGGUUGGCAGAAGUUGGUCGAUUAGAAACUCCAAAGUUACAAGGAAAGUAUGACACUGGACAACUGUUUUUACAUCGUGUAUUUGGAUACAGAGGAGUGGUAUUGUUUCCUUGGUUGGCAAGAGUCUAUGACAGAGAUGUCCCAAACAAACGGGAUAGCAGUUUGGAUGAAAGUAGCUUUAAUCAGGUUGGAAAAGAAGUCAAAGGCUGUACACAAACAUUUUAUCAAGUACUAAUUGAUGCUCGUGACUGCCCAUAUAUUAGAGCUCAAACAGAAUCCGUUACAUUCCUAGGAAAUCAAGACAGUUCUCGUAGUUUGUAUGCUAUUCCUGGGCUUGAUUAUGUCUCGCAUGAAGAUAUCCUUCCGUAUACAACCACGGAGAAGUUACCAUUACAACAUGAGCUUUUUGACAAGUUUCUUAUGUACUAUCCAGAUAAAGAUCCACCAUUUGGUGCUCAAGAGACUUUAAGAGCAUGGCAAAAGAAAAAUCAUCCUUGGCUUGAGUUGUCUGAUGUUCAUAAAGAAACAACUGAAAACAUACGUGUAACCGUAAUUCCUUUCUACAUGGGGUGUCGUGAAUCACACUCAACAACAGUUUUUUGGUGGCGGUAUUGCAUAAGGCUGGAAAAUCUUGGAGAACUGACAAUUCAACUUCGUGAGCGUCAUUGGAGGAUUUUCAGCCUAUCAGGGACGUUGGAAACUGUUAGAGGAAGAGGAGUUGUAGGACAAGAACCUGUAUUGUCCCCACAUCUUCCAGCAUUUCAGUACAGCAGCCACGUCAGCUUGCAGGCACCAAGCGGCCAUAUGUGGGGAACGUUUCGUAUGGAGCGUGAGGAUGGAUACACUUUUGACUGCCGCAUCCCACCAUUUUCACUUGAAAGUAAAAGUGAAGAGUCUGUUCCACCCACAAGUUCCUAAAUUUGAAUUGCACCAGCUUGCUUAAGAGGUGUUCGUGUGACUCUUUAGCUGCUGCAUCUUGACCAGUUAUGGGACUUCUGAACAGAUGUGUUAUGUAUGUUAUUGUAGUGACCAAAAUUGUGUGUAAACUAUAUUUUCUUAAUGAGUUAAGAUUAAAAUUCUGUCAUGUCAACUAGACAAAAAGAAAGUAUUUUAGAAUAACACAUGUUAACAGAAGUGCAGUGAUAUUACAUACAGUGACAGGACAUGGUGCAAUGUUUUGAGUUUGAAAUCCAUACAGACAUAAAGAGAAACUGUAUUUUCUACUGACCAUUUUAUGUCACUGUUAUAGUUAUACAUGACACAACUUCUGCAAUAAAGACAUCUUUAUAACUUAAGCUAUAACAAAUGGUCAUAUUUAGAUAUCAAAGGCAAUGUUUGACUGUAACAAAUGUAUAUUGUCUAUGUUUGUGUUGUGAGUUCUUGCAUCAGCUAGUGCAUAACUGAUGUAUAUGAACUGUACAUCUUGCCUGAUGUUACUAUAGCAACUUUGUUUCUCAUAUUGGUCUUAAUUAUCUAUGGCAAAUAUUCUGUGACAAAAAAAGGUACAUGUACUAUGAAAAUACAUAACUCUUUGAAAUUACCAAAA